AUGGAAAUUUUGAUAAACGAGGUGCAUUUGAGGGUCCCGGUUGAGUUGAUCCAAGCAGAGUCUUUAGGGGAGGUCCAAUUGAGUUUAGGGAAGAUGGCACAACCGAGUGUUUUGAUUGAUUCAUUGAUUUGUGAUUCCAAUUCCGGGAAUAAAGGUGGUAGUGGUAGUUGUUCUGAUUCAUCAUCGGAUUCUUGUUCUUGGGAUAUAAUAAAACAAAACACCUCAAAAUCAGAGGCGGUAGCAGGCGGCGUCGGAGUAGGGGAGUGUAGAGUGACAGCAGCGGUGAGCGGAGUAAGGCGGCAACAACAGCGAUGCAGAGUAGGAUGGCAAGCUGCUGAGGCGCAAAAGCGGGAGAAGAGAGAGCUUAUCAAGUAUCGACUACCUAGAAUCCGAGUUAACUCCUUCCAUACAAGAUAG